AUGAGCAACAAUAAUACUACAACAAAUGUUACUGGUGAUCAAUUCAUUCGUACACUAGCUCAAUUCAUUCGUAUUAACGAACGAAAAAUAACUAUACAAAACCCACAACAACAGUCCACAACAAAUCCUUCGAGUCAUUUAUUAGGUAGUAGAAAGUCAGAAAGUAGUUUUGGUAGUAGUUUCGGUAUACCAAAUUUCUGGUCUAUUUCUGCUGCUAUUACUAAUUCUUACAUGAAAUCUCCAACCACAACUGCCUCAACAACCCCUACUUCUCCCAUCAGCCCUUCAAGCAAUAAUAUUUCAAAAAAAACUGGAUUUGUUACACUUGAUCCUCACCAUUUAUAUUAUUUACUGGCAAGAUUUCAUGAUCUAGGGUUCGACGUUGGUGUUUUUGAGACAAUUAUGAAUUUUGAUAAUAAAGACAUAGAUUUUGAUGCUAACGAUUCAUCAUGGGAAACUGCUUCAAUUGCCUCAAACAAUUCAAUGAAUUCGAUGUCAUCUGCCAUGUCUUCAUUAUCUUUAAUCUCGGGUUGGCAAGGUUGGUCUAAUGCAGCUCAAAAACACGAGAAUAUACCAAUUAAAAACGAGGUUUACUACGUCUACAAAAGUUUCACUAAACUCACCAGUUUAAAACUUUCUUCAACAAUCAACAAUAAAGGAAUUGAAGGUGGUAUAUUGUCAAUGACCCUGUUUAAAAAUUUGAAAUAUUUAGAAAUUAAUGGAUUGUCGCCAAAAGCUUUUGAUGGUUGGGAUAUUCUACAAGAGAAAUUGGAAAUUUUAACUUUAACUAAAAGUUCAAUUGAUGAUAUUACUGAAUUAUUUAUUGAUCUUGUAGCUGAUGGCGCUGAAGAAAACGGCGAUGAUGGUAAAGAAAUUUCUAUUAAUCGUAAAACUGUCAUUAAAAAAAAAAACAAUGAUCAUGAUGAUGAUGUAGUUGCACCAUUGAAAAUUUGGAAAAAUCUUCGACAAGUUAAUUUAUCAGAUAAUGCACUGACGUUUAUUCCCAAUGAACCACUUAUCUACAUUGCAAAAUGUACACAUAUUGAUCUAUCAAACAAUCUGCUGAUUGCAAUUCCAUCUGGAUUGUCACAGCUGUAUAAUUUACAAUAUUUGAAUCUUAGUAAUAACAUGAUUGAAACAAUAACAGGUAUUUACAAAAUACUUGGAAAUGUGACGAAAUUGGAUCUGAGAAACAAUAGAAUAGAGAAUUUGUGUGGUUUGGAAAGAUUAUAUUCACUGGAAUAUGUUGACGUUAGAGAAAAUCAAUUGACCGAUUGGGCUGAAGCUACUCGAAUGACUGAACUGCCUGAGAUGAAGCAAAUUUACGUUGAUGGUAAUCCAUUCACAAGAUAUGAGACUAAUUACAGGAUUAAUAUUUUUAAAGCAUUUAAAGAAAACAAUAAAGAUAUUAUUUUGGAUGGAACAGCACCUACUUAUAUUGAAAGAAGAUCUCUCCCAUCAAAUGCAAAUUCACCAUCAAAUCAAAAAUUCCCUUUUGCCAUUCUAAGCAAUGAAAAUCCUCUGUCCAGUCCCAAUAGUUCAAAUGAUGAACAACAUCAGCAACGUAAUAAUAAUUUGCCAGUUAUAAGACAUAAAAAAAGUCAGAAAUUUCAUAAAAGAGUUGUUGACUUGGAUGGAGAUAACCAAAAUAAGAAUAGUGAUAAUAAGAUUACAGCAAAAGCACCAUUACCAAAACAUCGAGCUGUUGAAAUUGAAAAGGCAAUAGCAGCUGAUAACUCCAAAUCACAUAAAAGAAGAUCAGCGAAUAAACGUCAAAACACCACGCCAGAUUUAUCAUCAACAAAAAAAACACCAACAUCACCAUUAUCAUCACCACAUAGUGAUUCAGAAACCAUUUCAUCACCUACAAUCGGUGAAGCAAUAGAGUAUAGAAAGAAGAUUGAAGAGUUACGUAAAGAGGGUGGAUCUUCUUGGCUAACUAUUUUAAAUGAGAUGGAAUAUAAUAAUAAUAAUAUAAAUGGUAUUUUACAUUCAAGACAAAGAUCAGAAAAUCAACCACCAAAAUUGAAGGCUAUUGUUGAUCAAGUUAUAACUGCAAACUCCAGAAAUUAUUAA